GCGAUCCAGCCCAGGUAGCCGCGCCGCAGGCUCGGGGCGCCGCGACCCCGUACCCCGCCGCGUCGUGGGCCCCGCGGGGACGACGGCUGGCGGGCGCUCCCUGCUGCUCCUGCUGCUGUUCAACAAGGAGGAGUGAUUACUGUUCUAAAGUGGACAUCGGAGGAGGAUCCAUUAGGCCAUCAGGAUGGAAACGAGGAAAGGAAAUCGGCUGACGCAGGAGCCAGAGUGAGACCGACGAGCCCACAAAUCCAGCCUGCACCAUGAACUUGUGUCCUCCUUCUACGUUUUAGGAGCCAAGGGCAGGUGAAGUUGCUGGAGAGCAAUGGCUCUCUUUACUCCGUGGAAGCUGUCCUCUCAGAAGCUGGGCUUUUUUCUUGUGACUUUUGGCUUCAUCUGGGGUAUGAUGCUCCUGCAUUUUACCAUCCAGCAGCGAACUCAGCCCGAGAGCAGCUCCAUGCUGCGCGAGCAGAUCCUGGACCUCAGCAAGAGGUACAUCAAGGCGCUGGCGGAGGAAAAUCGGAAUGUGGUGGAUGGGCCGUACGCCGGCGUCAUGACAGCGUACGAUCUGAAGAAAACUCUUGCCGUGCUAUUGGAUAAUAUCUUGCAGCGCAUUGGAAAGUUGGAGUCCAAGGUGGACAAUCUUGUAAUCAAUGGCACAGGGACAAACUCGACCAACUCCACCACAGCUGUUCCCAGCUUGGUCGCACUUGAGAAAAUUAAUGUGGCAGAUAUCAUUAAUGGAGCUCAAGAAAAAUGUGUAUUGCCUCCUAUGGAUGGCUACCCCCACUGUGAGGGGAAAAUCAAGUGGAUGAAAGAUAUGUGGCGCUCGGAUCCCUGCUACGCAGAAUACGGAGUGGAUGGGUCCACCUGCUCUUUUUUUAUUUACCUCAGUGAGGUUGAAAAUUGGUGUCCUCAUUUACCUUGGAGAGCAAAAAAUCCCUAUGAAGAAGCCGAUCAUAAUUCAUGGGCGGAGAUUCGUACAGAUUUUAAUAUUCUCUACAGCAUGAUGAAAAAGCAUGAAGAAUUCCGGUGGAUGAGACUCCGGAUCCGGCGAAUGGCUGAUGCGUGGAUCCAGGCAAUCAAGUCCCUGGCAGAAAAGCAGAAUCUUGAAAAGAGAAAGCGGAAGAAAGUCCUCGUUCACCUGGGACUCCUGACUAAGGAAUCUGGAUUUAAGAUAGCAGAGACAGCUUUCAGUGGUGGCCCUCUUGGUGAAUUAGUUCAGUGGAGUGAUUUAAUUACAUCUCUGUACUUACUGGGCCAUGACAUUAGGAUUUCAGCUUCACUGGCUGAGCUCAAGGAGAUAAUGAAGAAGGUUGUAGGAAACCGAUCUGGCUGCCCAACUGUAGGAGACAGGAUUGUUGAGCUCAUUUAUAUUGAUAUCGUAGGACUUGCUCAAUUCAAGAAAACUCUUGGGCCAUCCUGGGUUCACUACCAGUGCAUGCUCCGAGUCCUGGAUUCAUUUGGUACCGAGCCAGAGUUUAACCAUGCUAACUAUGCCCAGUCUAAAGGCCACAAGACGCCCUGGGGAAAAUGGAAUCUGAACCCACAGCAGUUUUAUACCAUGUUCCCUCAUACCCCAGACAACAGCUUUCUGGGAUUUGUGGUCGAGCAGCACCUCAACUCCAGCGACAUCCACCACAUUAACGAAAUCAAAAGGCAGAACCAGUCCCUUGUGUAUGGCAAAGUGGAUAGCUUCUGGAAGAAUAAGAAAAUCUAUUUGGACAUAAUUCACACCUACAUGGAAGUACACGCGACUGUUUAUGGCUCCAGCACGAAGAAUAUUCCCAGUUACGUGAAAAACCACGGUAUCCUCAGUGGACGAGACCUGCAGUUUCUUCUCCGAGAAACCAAGUUGUUUGUUGGACUCGGGUUCCCUUAUGAGGGCCCAGCUCCCCUGGAGGCCAUUGCAAAUGGAUGUGCUUUUCUGAAUCCCAAGUUCAGCCCACCCAAAAGCAGCAAAAACACAGACUUUUUCAUUGGCAAGCCAACUCUGAGAGAGCUGACAUCCCAGCAUCCUUAUGCUGAAGUUUUCAUCGGCCAGCCCCACGUUUGGACGGUUGACCUCAGCAAUCAGGAGGAAGUGGGAGAUGCUGUGAAAGCAAUUUUAAGUCAGAAGAUUGAGCCAUACAUGCCAUACGAAUUCACAUGUGAGGGAAUGCUACAGAGAAUUAAUGCUUUCAUUGAAAAACAGGACUUCUGCCACGGGCAAGUGAUGUGGCCGCCCCUCAGCGCCCUGCAGGUGAAGCUGGCUGAGCCCGGCCAGUCCUGCAAGCAGGUGUGCCAGGAGAACCAGCUCAUCUGUGAGCCUUCUUUCUUCCAGCACCUCAACAAGGACAAAGACAUGCUCAAGUACGAGGUGAUCUGCCAAAGCUCGGAGCUGGCCAAGGACAUCCUGGUGCCCUCCUUCGACCCCAAGAACAGGCACUGUGUGUUUCAAGGUGACCUCCUGCUGUUCAGCUGUGCGGGCGCCCACCCCCGGCACCAGAGGAUCUGCCCCUGCCGGGACUUCAUCAAGGGCCAGGUGGCUCUCUGUAAAGACUGUCUAUAGCAGCCCCUGGCCUGGCCCCACACUCACUCUGUGGGACUAACGGUGGCUCCAACCCCGAUGGGACAGGGCCGGGGGGCAGACGUCAAGUCAGUCAGGGGCUCUCGCCAGAGCCAGAAAUUGAUUUUGGAAGGUUUCGAUUUGGUAUUGCUCCUCCUGGCUUCUCCCUGGCACAACUUCGUUUUAAUUUCUUGAGGAGACUGUGUCACUACAGCUGCCCCAAGGUAGAAAGAAGAGUCUCAAGAUUCAUUUAAAACAGAACCAGAGGAGGAACGGAGCUUGUCAGAAAGAACUUUCCACGGGAGCAUUCCUAAACCCAUUCACUUAUUUAUUUGGGAGGGAGGGAGGGGGAACAGGGGAGGGCCCAGAGGGAUUGAUCACACUUCUUGCUUCUCUGAUUUCCCACUGUUUACUGUCCACCCUCACUGUAUUAUUACUCCUGUCUCCUUCCGGAAGGAAGCAGGAGGGAGACAGGGUGCACUGUGGGGCCGGUGGCUCGCUUGAGGGCAGCCGCGGGGACCCAGCUCCUCGAAGUGGAUGGUGGCAGAACACAAGAAAAUCUUGUGUGUGCUUGACAGAUGGCAGCUAGAGGACAGGCACCUCCUGGGCGUGGGGGGACAUGCCUGUGGUGGUGUCCUGAGAGCCCAGCCAGGGACCAAAGGUGGGGCCACUUUGCAGUGAGAGCUCCUUUCCUCGACCCUCCCCCCCCCGCCCCCCAUCACACGCACGCACGCACACACACACACCUUGGCUCUAAUUUCUGAUGAGCGCUUUAGGAAAGAAAUGCAGGAUUGGGGAAUUGACAUUUGCUAGUGUGUAGUAAAUCCACCCUCCCUCCAGUGCCACUGGAAGGAGGAAAGUAGAAACAUGGGUCAUGCUUGUUUACUCCUGAAAAGGGUUAUCCGAGCUGGGGUGUGGACAGGCGCGAAGCUGGCCCCUAGGAACCAGAGCUGUGCUCCAGGCAGGUGGGCUUGUGUUCUGUUCCUUCUCAUGUCUGAUGUCACCAAAGUCCCAUCUUAGUGGCCCUGAUGUUGCCAGGGGGGAGCAGGGGCAGGCGAGGAUGAACGUGGUGUGUGGUCCUGGCCGAUCACCUGUGGGUGUGGGUGUGUAGGUGUGUGUCUUGCACGGGAUUGGAGUCUGAUGCUGGCUCUUCCUUGAGGCUCGAAUAUUCUGAGGGGGGGUAUUCCGAGUUGGCCGUUUGGCCCAGUCAGACUCACUGGAUGCCCCUGCUAACCCUGGAGUUCCCAGUCUGUGCCGUGGUGGGAGCUCCCCACCACCAUCCGGCCCUGCUUCAGUGCCCUGGCUAGAAGUGUGUGUGCUUGUGCUGUGAAGCCCCUGGCAGCUCCAGGCUGGUGACAGUGAGCUCUUUUCUCCUUCCUGCAGAACAUGCCAGUCAUGAGCUGUGGUGUGACCCACCCAGCCCUCACUGGUGGUUUUGAGUGCCUUGGCCACCUAGCACCAUGCUCCCCCCCUGCAGCUCAUGGCUGGGUGGGCCUUCAGGAAGGGAACUAAGUCAGAAUCCUGCCUCAUGCGGACCACGGGGCCUGUGGAGCCUUUAGGUAAGGGGAGUUAGAUGGUGCCCGCUUCUCCAUUCUUCCCUGGUGCGUCAGUAGGAUCAGAUGCACAGCCAGCCGUUUGUUUUUUUUUUUCCUUAGACUCCCAGUGGGGCUCAAUUUCACCUCUAAUCCCAGAGAGUGAAGGGAGUGAGGAGCAGCAGUUAGGGUCUCCCCCACCCUUCAGGUGGCCCGUGAGCACAUGUGACAGGGAGAGUUCUGAUAGGGAGACCUGAGCGUGGGCGCAGGGGCCCCUCAAGAACUAGCCGAGAGCACCCUCUGCCUGGGCCCAGCAUAGAAGUGCAGUGGGAUCUUGGCGAUGGGGGGGGGGGUGUCUAUCUGAAUGUUCCUCCAGGUAUCGCAAGGCAAUUCCUGCUGCAGGAGAAACUGCCUUCCGUGUUGUUAGGAACUGCUUUUCCCUAUGAAAGGGCCUCUGGGUUUCUCCCUAGGUUGUGGGAGUUCCCUUGAGCUCCCAGGGCUGCAAUUCCUGGGCCAGGGCCGCCCUCUCCUGGGCUCUUGCGGGAGCUUCCAGAGGAGAGGAUGUCAUGCAGGCAUUGGGCCAGCAGGGGGAGCCUGCGGGCUGAGACCGGAUUUCUCUAGCUUGGCCCAAUUAACCCAUUUUGCAGAGUUGUUUCAAUAAGCCGGGGGACUCAGAAAGCAAGGAAGCUGGAAAGCGCGGUUCCGAGAAAGAUGCUGCGCCGGUCUGGUGUUCCGGGAGCCGCAGGGAUGAUUUGUGGCUGUCCUGUUUGCUGAGCUCAGGGCCUCUCCGCUUCCCGGUUCCUCUCUUCUCCAUCUGGACUCAUGUCUAGCAGUCCCGCAGAGCACUUGCCCGCCCUUGAAGAUCCCGGUGGCGCCCCCCGCAGUCCGGUAGUGGCCAGAAGGACCCGAGUUCCACAGGUGUAGCUGCUGCUUCUGGGGCAAACCCGCACUCCAGGUGUCCAGGGCAUUAUGAGCAGAGGCAGUGACACCCGAAUGUAUAGCGGCCCCCAGGCCACCACCACCAUAGCCCACAUCUGGUCAGCGCCCCCACCCCCAAGAGGAAAUUGGGGAGGGGGUCUCCAUCUGCCCUGUGUGGUAGGGGCACAGUUGCUGGCUGCCCUGGGAGAGGGCUGUGCCUCUCAGAGCGUAGCUGGGAGGCUUUGGUGGUUUUGCCACUGCCAAUCUGAGCAGAAUCCUAAGCCAGUUUUUAAUUGCUGAUUUACACAGGGACAGAGAUCCUAAGUCAGGAUCUGUGUCGUCUUGUGUCAUAAGCAUACCUUGCCUGUCUUUAAGUUUUUGUCCAUUUUCUUUUCCUUAGUAAAAUUUGGCCCUCCCCCCCCCCCGUGAUCCUAAAUUCUUAAACAUGAGGGAAAUGUACCUAAUUUAUUAAAAGAGAGAAAGCUUUCCUUUGAACCAUAAACUCUUUCAGGAGUGAAAACUCCCAAAAGGGGAAGCACACUUCUUUUAAUGCCAGUAAAAACCUCCUUUAUUUCAUAUAUGUAAUUUGAUUUGCACAUGUACAAAUGGAGACACUCUUUUGCAUUUUUGCCUGGAUCGAGUUUUCGUCACUUCUUUAGUUUGCUUUUUGUGUGUGUGAUUGCUCCAUGUUUUGAAAUACUAAGAGUGUUUCUUUGAUAUUUAUUGUUUCUCUGAUGUGCCUUUUCACAUUUUCUUUGGGGUUGGUUUUUAGAAUCUGGGUACCAUUUAAGGAAGAUCACAGAUCCCUCCAGCUUGAAGGUAGGACACACCCUUGUGUCACCGAGGAUGCUCAGGCUGGGCACCAGAAAUACCCUCUCAGGCCCCUAGGCCACAGCAUAUGUGCUCCUGCACCCCCUUGAGGCCAUGAGAACCCCCAGGAGAAGGGCUGGCUUGCUCCCAGGCUGCUCCAUGUCUUCGGAUCUGAGGACUGCUGGUCGCCAACACGCCAACAGGCCUGUGCCCCCCGCAACUCAGGCACCCGGUGAAGUGUGGCUGGGGCACAGGACCAGUCUUCAGAACACUUGAUCUAUCAUAAAGGGGAAAGACUAUGCACCCCUGUUGUUUCCUUAGGGAACACGGGGUUUAUUUUAGUAAAGGUGUUAAAACUGUAUGCUGUGUACAGGUGGGUUUGUGCUUUUGAGACCAAAGCAGGCCAUUCCAUUUACCUAGACUGUGUAUAUAAUUGGGACAAGUACCACCCUUUCUCAUGCCCCCAAAAUCCUUGAUUUAAAAAAAUAUAUAUAUUUUGUUAACGACAGGCUCGGUUGUGUUACCAUCCCAAGCCUGGAUUACUUUAUUUAUUUUAAAGUAUUUUAAUUUCCACAUUGGCUUCGUUCUAAUCCCAUCCAUCCCUGUAGGGCUGCAGAGCAUCUCCGUGGGAAGAGCUGGAUGGACAGAAGUAGAUUCUUUAGUGAGGUGGGGAUUUCCUAAAGCUGAGGGUGAGUUCUUUCAUUCCUGUUGGCUUCAGCAAAAACUGGAAACUUAUGUUUUUUAGCAAAAGGCCAAAUUAGUUGUAGAGUCUCAGAUGCAGAAAAAAAUUACCCUAGCUUUUCUUAGCACUUAAGGUUUUUGUGAGGAUUCAGUGUUUAGCCGUGUCUGGCACAUAGUAAGCCCUCGUAAAUGUUAAAUAUUGUUAUUAGCAUUUCAUAAAAUUUGAGAAAUAAAGAGCUAAGUAAUACCUCCAUGAAAAUAUUCCUCCAAGUUGAUGGAAUGUAGGAAUUUCUGGUUUAGGAUGUCCAAGUCCCAUGCCCAUCCUGCUGGUCGAAAUGUUACUGUAUCCCUGAAUGCACUGACUGAUUUGCAAAUAUGCCUGACUUCAGCCCCAGAUGGAACUAGGCUGUAAGAACGUGUAAACUGGAGAUGAAAAGGGUGACCCACAUGCUGGACCUCACCCCACUGAUGUCUUCUGGACCAUGCUAGGGUUCUUCUUUGUAGAGCUUUUUGAGCUAGAAUUAAAAUAAGUUCUCAGACUGUACCCCUUAAAUCAAAGUUAACUAUAUUCCUCUGAAAUGCAAUAAUAAAGACUUUGUGUUUUGUUUAAGGAGAAAGGAAUGGCCAGUUGAACUUUGUCAUUCCCCCAAGAAGUCCCUUUGCUGUUCCCUGCUGGCCGGGGCCGGCCCCUCCACACUCCAACCCACAGGGAUCAGACCCUGGGCUGGUUAGCGGUCACGUUUGUUUUGGUGCCAUUCCCCUAAAAGACCCCCCUCCCCCCCCAGGCUGGCUUGGCUAGCCUGAGGACCCCAAGACUAUCUGACCACUCAGGUGGAGCUAUGGUGGGCACGGGGGUUGGGGGGGGGGUGGGUACAGAGUUUCUUCAGAACUACUCCCAAGAGGCUGCUCAGUGAUGUUUUCCCAAAUCACCUAAAUAUCAGUUUGCUUUUUGUUUUAUUGGGGUUUUAGCCUUUUUCUUCCCUGUUUGAGAGUUUUAUCUUCUGUCUUGCCACUAUUCUGGAUAGACUGCCGUUGGGAAUAUGGAGGAAUUUGCUGGAGUCUGAAUUCUUUAGUGGAAUCGAUUAGCAGUUUUAUAUGUUUGUGGGUGUAGGAUUGGAAUUCGCCUUCUUCAAAGCAUCGUUCCCUCUAAUCCCUGAUUCUGUGGCGCCUUGGGGACCCCCCUAGCAGCUGGUGAGGCAUGGUAGAGGGCAGCUGUGUGCUCCUGUGGUGGGGGGAGGGGGUGGCAUGUCGGGGGACGGGGGCAGGUGCUCAGACAGGUGGGCAGUGCUGCAGGCCUCAAAAGCCUUGCUGGAACAGCAGGACGGACGGGACCAUAGCGUGGCCCGCCACCUCCGCCAAAGCCAAGAAGGAGCAGACCUGGGAAGCAUUUUGCUCGCUGUCAUGUCCAAGUGUUCCCGGGACGCCAAAGGAGAGGGCGCCAUCCUUCCUACUAUAGUUGCUGUCACAGCCUUGAUGUCCUUACGCUAAUGGCCGUUUGCGUGUGUGUCUUCAGACAGCUCCUGGUACAACCGUUUUCUACUGUUCACUUCCGGGGUCAUGUAGUGCAGGAUUCUGCAAAUAAGGUGUCGCUGUCCAAACGUACUGUACCUGCAUAGAGAACACUGCUUUGUUUUCCAAUGUUGUAGAGAAAACUAGGGAGAACUUUAUUUUUCAAUAAACUUUUGUUGUGUGA